ACGCCGCCAGGAUUACGGUUGGUGUGUGGACUUGACUUUUCUUUGCCGCUACGCGUGGUUUUGCUUUUGCUUCGGCGGCGACGUCUUUGUUUGGCAUUGGGGACUCCGGCGGCUUCGUCAAUGCUCUUCCAGAAGUAUUUGCAGUGCAGGCUCAGGCCUCCGACGGUGAUCGGCCAGUUCCACACCUUGUUCUUCGGCUCGGUGCGGAUGUUCUUCCUGGGGGUUCUGGGCUUUGCCGUGUACGGGAAUGAGGCGCUGCACUUCAGCUGCGACCCCGAUCGCAGGGAACUCAACCUGUACUGCUACAACCAGUUCCGACCCAUAACGCCUCAGGUGUUCUGGGCCUUGCAGCUGGUCACGGUGUUGGUUCCGGGGGCCGUGUUCCACCUCUACGCCGCCUGCAAGAACAUCGACCAGGAGGAGAUCCUGGAGCGCCCCGUCUACACCGUCUUCUACAUCAUCUCCGUGCUCUUGCGCAUCAUUUUGGAAGUCAUCGCCUUCUGGCUUCAGAGUCAUCUCUUCGGCUUCCAGGUGCACCCGCUGUACAUGUGCGAUGCCAGCGCUUUGGAAAAGACCUUCAACGUGACCAAGUGCAUGGUGCCCGAACACUUUGAGAAGACCAUCUUCCUGAGCGCCAUGUACACCUUCACCGUCAUCACCAUCCUCCUGUGCAUCGCCGAGAUCUUUGAGAUCCUCUGUCGACGCCUGGGCUAUCUCAACAACCAAUGACGCCUCCCGCGCACGGACGCAAGGCGUCGCCGGCCCCUCGCCGCCUCCCCCCCCGCACCUUUUGUUCCUCGUCGGCUUCUCGCUUAGCGACCGUCGGACUCGCGCCAAGCGGGGAGCCCACGCAAGUGCACUUCUGAAAUAGUCCCGCUUUCCCUCCCGCGGGACCGGCGGCGCAACCAGAGUCGACCGGACGCCAGGACCGCGCCGGCGACCCCCGACCGCGUCGACGGGGAGACCACUUGUAUAGAUAGGAAACGCCUCCCCAAAACGGACCGUGAUCACUUUCAAGUGUUUCUUUCCCGCGUUUGUCGUCACCAAUCAUCGCCGGUCGCGUUGGUAGGCAAAGAUCCAAAGAGAGGAGUUGGUGUCGAACGAUGGACUUGUCCAAGGGAACGAGUCAAAGGUGGUCUGAGCUCACGGAACGAUCGCGACGAGGAGACGGCAUCAAAGGCCUUCCCCUUUUUCGACCCUUUUGGUCGCAUUUAGAAUGUCGUAAGAUGAAUUCGUUGUCCGUGUCGAGACUUCACAAAAGGCUCUUUUUAUUUUCUUGAUCAGACAUCCAUCCAACUUUUGUUGUGAAGGUUUCAUCUGUUUUUCAUCUCAGGUACAAACUUGCAUGAGCGGACAAAAGCGGAACACUGGCAAUGCGUUUCGAGGGGAUUUCCAGGCGCCGCCGAGUUUUCUUGUGCACGCGGGGUUAGGCGCGCUCCUCGGAUUUCCUUCCUGCUCGGCAAAACAAGGUUGUUCGAGGAUGCGACAACACCUGUGCGACCGUGCUCCAAACAAACAAACUCAAAUUCAAAGUGUAGCUUCUAUCUUUACACGUGUCUGUUGGAAACGAUCGCAAUCCAUGGCAAGAUCUGUAAUUUUUUUUUCCCUCCUUCCUUCUUCCCUCUGGAACAUUUUGAACAUGAUUGCGAGUAGCAGCUUCUGACCACGGCCUCUCUGGUGCUCUGAGCGAUUCCUUGUGGUCGUUGUGCGCGCGUUUGUGUCGCGGGCGGGUGCUAAAAGUCUUUCUCGGGUCAGUGAUGUCACACCUCCGGGUCAAAGCUAGCGGCUGCCAAAGUGCUCCAAACAAGAUCGCGUCGCACAACCAUGGCGACUACUACCUCAGCAACCGAGUCGACAUGGAGACACCAUCAAGGCGCUAAAGUAGCUAGCGGCUAGUCGGGCGGCUGACACCUUUGACGUGCUCCGCUGGGCAGCGGCUAGCUAGCCCGACGGCUAAUCGCUUCAACGCGCUCGCCCGGCGGCUUCAAUAUGUUCCUAAUUUAUUUCAGUUCAACGUGUGGAAUGAGUGACUGACCUCAUACAUUUCAAAUAAAUCUGCUUUUUUCAUAUGA